UGUGUCUGACUCCUUUAAAAAGUCAAUCGAGCACAAAGGUGUGGAGGCGGCGCUAGAGAGAAUCAUCCAAUCACGUGGACGCACAGAAGAAGAAAAACCCCAAAAGUAGAAGAAGAAGAAGAAAAAGACAAGAAGAAGAAGAAAAACGAAAAAAAAAAAAAAAACCCCAAGAAGACGGCGAAGGAGAAGCAACGGCGGCGGCAGACUUGGCGCUUCCUUCCAACAGUCUGGUGAACCAAAAAAGAAGAAAAAACAAAACAAAAGGCCUACGGAGAGCUCAACUUGUUAAACUUCGUCGCCUCAUUAGCCUGCCGGAUUAGCUCUUGAGCCUAAUACAGACAGCGACGCGAUGGGCCACGGACGCAAACCCAAUCCGGACGAGCCGCCGCCGGGAGCCUUUGGACCGCCGCCUCCGGACUGUUGGCCGCCGCCGCCCCCGCCCCCCGGAGGCUGGGGCCCCACUCCUCCCGGAGGUUGGGGCCCCCCUCCUCCCGGAGGUUGGGGCCCCCCUCCUCCCGGAGGCUGGGGCCCCCCUCCUCCCGGAGGCUGGGGCCCCCCUCCUCCCGGAGGCUGGGGCCAUCCGCCCCCUCCGGGGAACUGGGGGCCUCCCCCUCCGUGCGGCUGGGGCCCGCCUCCCCCAGGAGGCUGGGGCCCCCCUCCUCCCGGAGGCUGGGGCCCCCCGCCCCCUCCGGGGGACUGGGGGCCUCCCCCUCCGUGCGGCUGGGACCCGCCACCCCCCGGAGGGUGGGACCCCGGCCGACCCCCGCCGCAGGGCUGGGGGCCCCAUCCGGAGUGGAUCCCUCCCCCGCAAUGGGACCCCAACGUGCCUCCUCCUCCGUCCUGGGACUGCUCGAACUGGGGCCCGUACGGUUCCGCGCCCGUGCCCUGCAUUCCCCCGCCUCCCGACGUCGGCGAAGCGCCCCCGGGCUCCGCGCCUCCCUUCGGCUUGCCGGGAUGCCCCCCGCCCGCGUGGCCUCCCGUGCAGGAAGCGGCAAAGGAUCCGGCGCCAGAGAAGCCCGAGUGGAUCAAAGCCUUGAUUUCAGCGCCGCCCACGGAGACUCCCCCGGUUGAAAGUAAGACGGUGACUGUGCCCAGCGAGCCCGCGGCCGGGGACAAAAGUGCAGCUGCCAAAUCCGCCCCCACGCUGGAAGCCGGCGUGGCGGCCAAAGCCUUCGGACUGCUGGGGACGCGAUCCUUUGACAAACCUCCGGCGGGCAGAUCGACGGGCAUCAUCUCCUUCAUUGGGCCCACGUUCGGUUCCAUCGAGCGAGAAGACAUGGAGAAGUACACCUUUGACUUCACCGCCUUCUUCGGGAACCCCAAAGCGAUGAAGCCCGGCGUGCGAGUGCACUUCACCGCCUGCAACCUGAAGAACAGCCAGAUCGCGACGGACGUGAAAGUGGCUCCGGGCGGCACGGAGAACGUGGAUCCGGACAUCUACGAGGGCGUGGUCAGUCAGCCCAUCGUGGAGGCGCAGCCCGGCGAACGGCAGUUUCCCGGUCAGGUGCACGUGGACAUCAAGCCGUUGAGGACCAAUCUGCCGUUCGACCGCAAGGACAGCGGCGUCACGCUGCUCAAAAACGACCAAGUUCUCAUGAACCUGCUGACUGACAUCGUCACUAAGAAGAGGCGCGCCACCAACAUCCGACCCAAGCUUCCCGACACCUUCCAGUUCACCAAGGAGACCCGCGAGAAGGGCGUCAUCGUCAGCUUGGGCGAAGUCGACGGCGUCAUCAAAGCAGACCCGCACGGCGAUCUUCCCUUCGACCUCAAGGAGAACUUCAGCGACGUGGACUUCACCCCCGAAGACGUCAACGAAGAAGUGGAGUUCACGCUCCACGAGCUGCGGGCGGGCAACCGGGCCAUUCGCAUCCGGCGGGUGAAGGAGCCUCUGUUGCUGACCCUCUGCAGCCCCACCUCAAAGGUCACGACCCUGCCGCCGGCGAAGGCCAAGCCGGCGCCGGCCAACAUGUGGCUGGACCCCGAGCUGUAUGAGGGAGUGGUCAGCCAGCCCAUCAUUGAGCCCACGGCCAGUGCGCAGGGCUACCCGGGGCAGAUCUUCGCCAACAUCGGACCCCUCCACACAAAUGUGACCUUUGACCGACGAGACUGCGGCGUCACGCUGCUGAAGAACGACCGUGUGCUCCUCAGCCUGCUGGUCAACCUGAACACCAGGAAGAAGCGCGCCACCAACAUCCGACCCAAGAUCCCCUUCACCUUCGUCCAUACCAAUGAGAAGCGAGAACUGGGCAUCAUCGCCAGCCUGGGAAAGGCUGAGGGUGUCCUGACGUCGGAGGAGCACGGAGAUCUGCACUUUGACCGCUGCGAGAACUUCAGCGACACCGAGUUGGACGCCGGAGACAUCAACAAGGAGGUGGAGUUCACCCUUCACAAGGACGGGGACAAAAAGAGCGCAAUCAGACUCCGGAGGACCAAGAUGGUCGAGGACCGAAUCAUGACGGAGAAGAAGAGACGGGAAGAGGAGGAGAAGAAGAAAAAAGAGGAGGAAAAAGAUCGGAAGCACAAGGAGGUGGCGUCCGCGGCGCUUGCCGCCGCCAAAGACAAGUGGACCCUGCUCGGCUUCAGCGUUCCCAUUCCCGACACCCAGCUGGAAAUCAGCAAGGAGCGCUUCGACGGCACCGUCCUCAAAGCGGCCCGAAGAAGUUGCGUCAAAGAGGAGCCCCCGGACGAACAGGUGAAGAGCAAGGUGGAGGAAGCGGAGAUGAAGACGGAGCCUCAGGGUGACGAGGCGAUUGUCAAAGAAGAAGAAGAAGAAGAAGAAGUGAAGAUCAAGAUGGAGGAAGUGGACACAGGAAAGACAGAAGAGAUCCAAGGCGGAGUCGUGAGGCCGGAGGAGGCGGGGCUUCUGGUGAUGACCAUCGAGGCUUGUCAGAAGCAACUUCCUUUCGGCCCCACUGACCUGCUCACCGGCGCCACCAUGUUGACUGGCGACAAGGUGCGGUUCAACGUGGCGACCAAUCGGGAGACCAAAGAAGAAAGAGCCACGUUUGUGCAAAUCCUUCCGACCUCAUUUGACGAUUCCACAGAACAACGACGACAUGGAAUCGUCAUUGAGUUCUCAGAGGAUUCCGGUCUAAUCAAGUGCACGCAGAACCCUCAACUCUUCUUCUACAUGUCAGAGUUCAUCGGAAAAAAGAAACUGCAGCUGAACGAGAAAGUGGAGUUCAGCGUGGUCCCGCAUGAAGAAGCGGCGGGUGGCCACCAGGCCAUCAGGAUCACACGUUGUACUGAGAACGUUUUCCUACCCGCCAAAAAACUGGGCGCCAUCGCCACCGGCAAAGGGAAGAUGACCAUCAAGCUGGCCAAACCUUCCGAAGACUCAGAGAAGGAGGUGCCAAAGGCAGACAGGCUGAAGACGGUUGUGAAACAAUUACGAUCUCAGGACAAGUCCACUUCGAGCAAGCGUUGUGUCAACAGCCGGAGUCCGAGUCGGAGCAGGAGUCCGAGUCUGCCCAAAGACAAAUUUGGACGUGAAAUCAAGAAGAGACGCAGCACUAGUCUGGAAGACCGCUGCAAAAGCCGGCAUAGACUGAGAAGCUCAAGUCGAGAAAGGUCCUACAGACGUACGAGAAGUCGGAGCAGAAGCAGUAGCAGAGAAAGAUCUAAGAAGAGAAGGAGCAAAGUCAGUGUUGAGCAAGGAGGACACACGAGGAGGAGAGAGCGCAGUCCUCCUCCCAGAGCUCGUGCCGGAGCAGUGGAUGACGAACUGGCGAGAAAGAAGCGAGAGUUGGAAGAGCUCAAUGAGAUGAUUGCCUUCAAGAAGUCACUGAUGGAUCCUCGAGGCUCGGACCACGCACACCAAACUUGCAUCGACUAUGAUCACGGCCGGAUCGCGAACCCUUUGGCGGAGUUCAGACCGGUCCGCUCCAUUUUGAAGAAAAGACCAGCGGACCCGGAGUUCGCCCGCCGUCUCCCCCCGCUUUACGACGAUCCUUACUACGACAGGCCCUAUCUGCAUUUUAGCGAGCGCUAUGCUGAUAGCGCUUUUGCCAGAUAUCCAUAUGACAACCACCCUUACAGCAAUCAUCCCUAUGGUAAAGAUCAGUAUGAAAGCUCUUCAACCUCCAGCCAGCGUUACACCGACCGUUACGAUGUUUACGACGAACCGUAUGACGACCCGUACUGCGACCCGCCGUACGCGGACCAAGCUCAUCACAGUCCCCACACAAAGAGCCAGACUACAGAAACAUUUGCGUCGUCAACUUCUGCCUCUUCAUCUCUGCAAAGGACCUUCAGACACUCUUCUCCUACAGAACCGCUUUCCAAAACCUCCUCACCAAGCCGCUCAAACACACCACCGCCUCUUCUCCAGCAGCCCCCGCUUGAUCGCUUUCUUGAUAUGCUUCAGAAGAAGGUGAUUCCUGAAAAACAAGUGGAACCAGAAUCUGUCAGUGACGUACUUCUGCCACACGAGCGACCCCUUGAAGAUGGCAAAGGCUUCUCCCGGAUUGUGGGUCUGGCUCAAGAGUCCCCCGAUAGCUGUGUCGGUGUGGACGAUGAGAAAAAAUCACCUUUGAUAGAGAAAGCACCCGACUUGCCCAAGAGCAAGACGGCGCCCUACACACAGAUCCAGACUUUGCUGCGUAACAUUGGCCUGAAGUUGACGACAGGAGAUAUGUCGCAGCUGGCCAGCUGCGCCUCAAAGUCCUCGUCCACAGAUACCAUACCUCCUGCUCCCCCCCCCAUCUUGUCCAGUUUGGAACCUCCCAGCAAAAGGAAAGAUGUCUCUGAAUAUGAAGAAUUCCUCGAUCAACAAGAAUUGGAGACACUAAAAAAGGCCCAAGAGCUGCAAGAUCUUACCAAGACGAUGGGAAGCAUGUCAUCGACACCCAGACCUCCUCCCGGGGCUCCACCUGCACAAUACCGGCAUCCAUCCCCACCUAACUGGCCUCUGGAGAGUUCCUCGAAAGCGCCGCCUCCUCCUCCACCUGCAAAUAGCCGUCUCCCUCCGGGACCACCUCCUGGACCGCCUCCCCGUCGUCCUCCUGGACAGCCUCCUUUCAUGGUGUCCCCCAGGGAUUCCAUGCUGGCUGUAGCUCCGGGCCUUUGCUCCUCCAGUCCCGCCCCGCCACCAGCGACUACCAGUGAGGAGGAGUCGAACAUCUCCACAACAGUGGCCAAAUGCUUGAAGGUCAUCGAGAGUGUGAAAUCUCUGGCUGCUACUCCGACAGCAAAAAUGCUCAAAUCGGUCCAGUUCUCUUUACCAUCAGAGUCGGUCUUGGGCUCCGGUCAUGCUGGCUCACUGCAACAAGUUGGUGACGCGAAAAGCAGGCAGAAGGAGAAGCUGGAUUUGAACAACCAGAAGAUCCUAGACCCGCAUAAACAGCAGUCCCAGGACACGGAAGCCCACAAGAAGCGAGGCAGUGGCGUCAUGAUGGCUCCAGGAAAUCCACUCGGCAUGGAGCCCUGGAACGUUUGGAUCUGCGGUCAUUCAUUGGUGUGCUGGGCGGAGUCGCGGGCUAAGUCUGCAGAGGUAGGUGCGCAGCUGAGUAUGGACCCUGGCAAGGUGGUCCUCUGGUGGAAGGGGGUCCAGGGCAUGACGUGGCCCCAGCUGCUGCCCCUUCUCCACCAGCUGAAAGUCACUUGGCCCCAACCAAAUAUCAUCAUCGUGCACCUGGGCGGGAACGACCUGAACACCGAAACGCCCAGCGACCUGCUGGCGUCCGUCAGGAGGGACGUGACCUCCAUGAGGGCAAUCUUCCCGCACUGCAUCCUAGUUUGGUCCCACAUCCUCCCCCGCCGGGCGUGGCACCACUCAGCCGACGUCCACGAAGUGGAUCUGAUCCGAAGCACGGUCAACCGGCGGAUCCACAACAUAGUCUCCGAGGUGGGUGGCGUCUCUCUGACCCACGACAACAUCCGCUGCGGGGCCAACACGGGCCUCUAUCGGCCCGACGGCGUCCAUUUGUCGCAAAAAGGAAUCGACGUGUUCAACGGGAACUUGCGCGACUUUCUGCAGAAGUGGGCCGGGGAAGCCAGGGCCGCCUCCCAGUGACGGGAUGCGUUUACGUUUUGCUUCGGCUCCACUUCUCACCUUUUUCGUUGUUACCUUUUUGUUUUUGUCAAAUUCUAAUAAAUCUCAUUUGACCAUU